AUGGAUUUGCCAUUGCCGGAUCCAGGGCCGGACAAGGAGGCGCCGCCGCCGCUCUUCUGUUGCAACCAAUGCGACAAGGAGACGGUGCACAAGAUCGCCCAGCUGCUGAACCCCGGGCUCGCCGCGGCCUGCGUCGACAACACCACCGGCCUCUUCCGGGGCCCCGCCUCCGUCGCCGUCCCCUUCCGGCCGGAGAUGGUCGACUACCUCACCCAGCGCAGCGAAACGUACGUGGCGGAAACCAUGGCCCAGCGCGACGAAGCCGCCGACCCCGCCGCCGAGGAAAUCUCCGACGAUCCCGCCGACAUCGUGUCCGACCUCAUGGAGGACUUCGCCAGCUCCAAGCGCAACUUCUUCAGCCGCGUCUCCGGGUGGAUCCUCAGCGACAACCGCGAGGACAAGGUCGACGACUUCGUGCUGGAGAUGGAGAGGAACGCGUUCUGGCCGAUCGACCGGCGGGAGGCGGUGGCGGAGACUCUGCUCCGGAACGUGGAUUUCAAGAACGCGUUCCACUGCCCGAUGAAGUUCGAGGCGGAGGGGCAGCUCGCGGCGCACCGGGACGAGUGCGGCUUCCGGAUCAUGGAGUGCUGCAACGAGAGGUGCAGGACCAAGUUCUCGGCGGCGCACGCGGCGAAGCACGACGAGGAGUGCCCCUUCAAGAUCCUGCCCUGCGAGCAGAGGUGCGAGAAGAGCCUCAUGAGGCGGGAGAUGGACCGCCACUGCGUCACCGUCUGCCCCAUGAAGCUGAUGAACUGCCCCUUCUACCAGAUCGGCUGCCAGUCGGCGUUCCCGCAGUGCACGCUCAAGGAUCACUGCGCCGAUUUCCUCAAUGCGCACUUGUCCUGCGUCGUGCAAGUCAUUCACCGGCAGGAGUUCUCCGACGAGGAGAUUGACCAACGAGUCUUACUUCUUCAACAGUCGGAGUGUCGAAGCCAACUAAGUGAAGCCUUGGACGUUAGAUCUCUCACGAUAGCAGUGAGGGAUCAAGAAGCAAAGAUGAGGAAGUCUGACCGGGGACUCGAGAACACCAACUCUCAGUGCCUCUAUGUCCCCCCUUCCUCUCACGGCAACGGAGACAACCAUGAGGAUGCGGACCUCGACAACAUCAAGUACGACCAGUCCUACUCUCUUGAUCAUCCAAUUGUAGGAGGCAGCAAAGACGACGACAAGAUCGAAUUAUUCGAUGAUCCAAUUUACGACGAAGACGAGAUCGAAACACUAGGUGAACCGAUAUUUGAUGAUGAAGUUGAUGAGGUACUCUAUGGUGAUGACCAUGAGAUUUUGGUCUUAUUUAAGGAUGCAGUUUGUGCCGUAUCGGAAGACAAUGCGAAGAAAAGGGAGACUAUGGAUGUUGAAGAUAUUAUUUUGAACUCGAUGACGAGUUCUUUUCAACCUUGGGUGCUUGAUUCAGGAGCAUCCGGUUAUACUCGUGAGAGUAUGAGCCAUUGUGCAGUCUCUUCCCUACUUACUACCAUGAGUAUUAAGGUUACCGACUUUGGAUCUUUCUCAGAUAUGUAUGUUGAUGAUCCCUCCUUUGGCAAGAUAUUUCAGGAGCAAUCUAAGGGAACCCUCACCAAUGCUGGUUUGUAUACUCCCUUACCAAUUCCCGAAGCUCUUUGGUAUGAGGUUCGAUCAUCUGGUGUGGUCACUGCACCAACACCUAUUUCGCGUCCCAGACAAACUAACCCCAAGGCUGAGGAGAUGGUCGAGCAUCUUCGAGUUAUUCAUGAGCAGGUUAAGCAAGCUAUUCAAGAAAGCAACACUGAAUACAAAAUCAGGACAGAUCGACAUUGA